CCCUGCAACUUGACGGAACGUUGUCAACAACUGGUCGGGAUAGGAGGAAAUCUGUCAUUUAAUCCAACUAGCUAGCCUAAGACUUUGAACUGAGAUUUGUUUUUGCGUUUUUAAGUAGCUAAGUACAACGACAACUCUAUUCUGCUUACCCGUUUUCCUUAAAAAGCCAACCAUGAGGGGUAAAGUUGGGAGCGGCUAACAUUAGCCGUCUGAAUGCUGUUCAGUCUGUGACAGUGGGGGGAGGCUGCUGAUAUUGACUGUGAGCCUGUGGUGGGUUGUGGCUAGCCAGAAAACAUCGCCUCGUCCUUGAACGUCCAGAGUUUUCCCAGUUCUUUCUGGACAACAGGGAGUCUUUCAGAUAAAUCACCAUGGAUUUGUUUGACAGUAACAAUGCAGACCGAGCUAACCUGCCGAGGAACAUGAUCGAGAACAGCAUGUUCGAAGAAGAGCCUGACGUGGUGGAUCUGGCCAAAGACUCCAACACGUUUCCAACAUUUCCCACUCUUGACCCGGAUGAGGCGGCAUACGAGCCUCGCAGCUCACGGUUGCUGGUGCGUGGCCUGGGAGAAAACGACAUGGAUGACGAUGAAGAGGACUGCGAGUCUUCUGCACGUCUCCUAGGAAUGUCCUUUAUGAACCGCAGCUCGUCUCACAGAUCCAGCUCGUCCCCUUACGUCAGGCAGUCUCCACCGAGGUCAUGUUCACGGCCCUCAGCUCGUACCAUGGUUGUGUGUGUGUUUGUCCUGGUGAUCGUAGCCUCGUUGACCAUGGUGCUGUACUUCCUACCUGGCUGCACCUUCACCAAGGCUGGUUGUCCUCAGCCAAAUAAGACCGCACCCCUAGAGCCAGUCUACCCUAAUUCCACAACCGGAGAACUGUUCCCGUGGGCCGAAUUCCGACUGCCUCGCAGCAUAAAGCCUCUCAGCUAUGACCUCACCUUCACCCCCGACCUCGACAGCAUGACCUUUACUGGCAAAGCUGCCAUUGAAAUGUCUGUGCUUCACAACACAAACCGGAUUGUGCUCCAUGCUGCUAAUCUCAACAUUAUCAAAGCUACGUUUAAGCUGGACAAUGGGCCGGCCCGUGACGUGAAAGUACUGGAGUACAAACCCCGACAGCAGAUUGCUGUGAAGUUCCUGGAGGAACUGAAAACAAACCAACAGUGUGUUUUGGCAUUUGAAUACAAUGCUAACCUCUCACACAGCUACGAUGGUUUCUACAAUAGCUCAUACACUGAUAAACUCGGAAACAAAAGAGUUCUUGCAGCAACACAGUUUGAGCCGCUUUCAGCCAGGAAGGCCUUCCCUUGUUUUGAUGAGCCGUCUUUCAAAGCCACCUUCCUGAUAAAAAUCAACAGAAAACCAAGCUACAUGAGUCUUUCCAACAUGCCUAAGGCCAGAACCACGCCUCUUUCCAGUGGCCUUGAGCAGGAUGAGUUUGAGAAGACCAAAGUCAACAUGAGCACUUACCUGGUGGCCUUCGUUGUUGCUAACUUCACCUCUGUCAGCAGCAAUGCUUCAGGAACACAAGUCUCUGUAUAUUCUGUACCAGAUAAGAACGAACAGACCGGCUUCGCUUUGGACAUGGCUUCCAAACUGCUGCAAUUUUACAACAAAUUCUUUGAGAUUGAAUACCCACUAAAGAAACUAGACUUGGUGGCCAUUCCUGACUUCCUGGCAGGAGCCAUGGAGAACUGGGGGCUCAUCACUUUCAGGGAGACCACCUUACUGCUGGACAAGAACUCCUCCUCUCUCGAAAAACAAGUAGUAGCCUCCGUAAUAGCCCAUGAGCUCGCUCAUCAGUGGUUUGGAAACUUGGUAACCAUGAGCUGGUGGAACGACCUGUGGCUCAACGAAGGCUUCGCCACCUACAUGGAGUACAUGUCGCUGCAGGAAAUACUGCCCAGUUUGGACACUGGUAAUUUAUUCCUGACUGUGCGGCUCAGAGCCCUGGACAAAGAUGCGCUAAACUCCUCCCACCCUGUGUCGACAGAGGUUAACACGCCAGAGCAAAUCGAGGAAAUGUUUGACUCGGUCUCCUAUGAAAAGGGUGCUUCAAUUCUCCUGAUGCUGAAUGCGUCGUUGCCAAAGGAGCAGCAGUUCAAAAAGGGCAUUAUUUACUAUCUGAACUCAUUUAGGGGAUUAAAUACAGAAACGAUGGACCUUUGGAACAGCCUUACGCAGGUUUCCACCCCGCAUAUUAAUAUUUCUGAGAUGAUGAGUUCAUGGACAUCACAGAAAGGCUUCCCGCUGGUCACUGUGAGUCGCAAAGACGACACGGUGACCUUAUCCCAGGAGCCUUUUCUGCUCACAUCUGACAACACCACAAAAGCACCCAGACAGUGGAAUAUCCCCAUCACGUACGUGAACGACAGCUGUAGCUUGGCCCCGGAGUGCAGACAGAUGUUCAGUCUGAGUAACAAGUCAGGAAGUUUAAAGGUGCCAGGAAGUGUAAAGUGGAUAAAGUUGAACUACAAGAACACCGGCUUCUACGUUGUCGACUAUGGACAAGACGGUUGGAAUGCUAUUCAUGAUGCUUUGUCUGAAAACAUCAGCGUUCUCACAGCUGAAGACCGAGCCUCGGUCAUACAUAACAUCUUUGCUCUCUCCAGACUGGGGCGUGUCUCUUUUGAGCAAGCCUGCCACAUGUUGAGCUUCAUGCCUAGCGAAACAGAGACGGCUCCUGUGACAGAAGCUCUGCUGCAGCUGAACAGCAUCUACAGGCUUCUUGAUAAAAGACAGGAGUCUGACUUGGCAUCUCGCAUGAAGACUUACAUUCUGAAUCAAUUUGGUUCUCUGAUGGAAAGUCAAACCUGGAAGGAGGAGCAGAGUCUAUCGAAACAGGAGCUGCGCUCAGCCCUCGUCUCAACGGCCUGCGCUCUGAAUAGUGAAAGCUGUGUUGAAAAAGCCAAAUCCCUGUUCAAAAACUACACUGACUCCAAUUUCACCAGCAAGAUCCCAGGUGAUUUGCAGCAAGCUGUGUUUGCAGUGGCAGCUCAGUCAGAAGACAGCUGGACAGCGUUGUUGACUUUGUACGGAGCUACCACCAACGAUGCACAGAAGCGAAAGAUGCUAAAAGGCCUGGCAUCCUCUCAAGACCCACGUCAUAUUGCAUGGAUUCUGAAGGCCGGUCUGAAUGGGGAUAUCAUCCAGACACAGGAGCUGCCUCUGAUCAUCAACACCGUGUGUCACGGGUUUGCUGGCUAUUUGUUUGCUUGGGAUUUUAUCCAAGUAAACUGGGACCGCCUCAUAGAGAAGUUUCCUCUUGGCUCCUUUGCCAUUCAGACAAUCGUCAAAUCCACUACCUCCCAGUUCUCCACACAGGCACAUCUUGAUCAGGUUCAGGCGUUCUUCUCCAGCCUGAAGCAGCGUGGCUCUCAGAUGAGGAGCGUGCAGGAGGCUCUGGAAACCAUCAGGCUGAACAAACGGUGGAUAGAAAACAACUUACAAGCCAUGAGAAAAUUUCUUUACUAGGGUUAAGUCAACCUGAAUCAGCUCCGACAGCGAGCAGGCGGGGGUGCAUCUUCAAGACAGCAGCAGUGUUUGCACUAUUUUUGGACUCUGUCCCUUAACUCCCAGUAUCCAGACCAGAGCUAAUAAUCAAAAGCUCCUUCUGGACGGAAGGUUUCUGAGAUGAGUCCUGUCAGUUUCACUUGAUAGCUCAGGGUGGUUUUGAUUGUUCGUCUGAUUGUUGUCAGACUCAACACACACUCCUUGUGUUUUAUGCUGUCGACCAAACCUCCUCCGCAGUUCUCAUCUAAACCUCGCGCUUUAUUAGACAAUUGUGCUUCAAAGAUCGAAACGGACCUCCUUCCGCCCCUGCUGCAUCUCAAACACCCAGCCAUUUAGGCUACAAAAUGUUUCAAAAUAUCCAAUUCAUGUACGAAGACGAGGCGGCGCGACGUUCCCCAGCAGUGAGGAAGUGAGAGAUGGCGGUUUUGUGAAAUGGAUCCCCGUCGCUCCUGUAAACUAAAGAGUUUUGCCAUGUUGAUCCUAGUCAGGUUAGAUGAUUGAUUGAUGGUUUAAAACGCCAAACGGUUUUGGCAUCAGUUGAAUGUAGUGAGAAACCUUCCCACUGUGUGCAGUAGAGGCUGUGCUGAAACCCAGUGCAGGUUUAAAUCACCCAAUGUGUCUUACAGCAGGUGAGAGCAGGCAGCCAACACUGGAGCCAAACGGUCUCUUUAUUUAGUUUCAGCUCUGAUCCACAUGUUUUACUCUACUUUUAUUGCCUCUACUCUCUUUAUUGUUCUUUUUUUUUUUUGUCCAUACCUGUGUGAGGUUGUAACAAUAAUGUAAAUACUGUCAGCAAUGUGCUUUUGGAAGUACUAUUUUAGACAUAAUUGACUUUUAAUAUUUUACAACUUGAUAUCUAUUGUGUUUGUGUAUAGUGUAAAGUUUUAAUUUGAGUCCAGGUCAAAGCUUUUAUUUCUUUUUUUGUUAUUUUCGUAUUUCCUUACUUAGACAACCAAAAGGAGGUCGUUUGCUGAUGAAUGUUGCGUUACAAGGGCUACUGUGCAUAUUAGAGAUACCAGGCAUCUGUGUUAGUUAUCCGUCUGUACUUAUUGAUAAUUUGUUGUUUAUUAGUCAAAAAAAAAACACAGAGGUUGCGUGUCACUCCUCGGAAGUAGUUAUUUAUUAACGGCCUUCACAUGUGACUCUUUGAUUUCUGAAAUGUUAUUUAGACAGAUGCACGUCCAGAGAGGUACUUUUCUUCAGAUUCACUUUCCUGUUACGUUAAUCGUGGUUUCGUUUUGUUUCACACGUUAAAAACGGUGUCGUUACACAAUACCAAGCGUCGUUUACGCCCACAAAGGCAACUCAAGAGAUCUGUGAAAAUGUUCCUCCUAAAGGUACCUUAAGGCGAGGUGACGCGAUGAAGCCUCUGUUCUCGAUGGGUUCGAUGGUGCAAAAGGAUCUUGAAAAGUAUGAAAUUGCUUUUUAGCAUUUUCCAAAUCUGGAUAACUCAAAAAAAGGAAAAACAUGUUUGAUUUUACUCUUUUUCUUUCUUACACUUUCAAAAACAAAUUGACAUUUAUCUAUAUUAAAUUCCCAUGCUUUUUGUCUUUGACUUGCCAAAUUGCAUUUUUAACAUUUUGUUCAUGAGUAUCUUGGUUUUGCAUAGUGAGGAAUUAUUAUUGAACUCCCUGUUUGGUCUCCAGACAGCAUUAAGUUCAGAUUAAACUGAACCUAUGGUUCCUAAACUGGGUUUAAAAUAUUCAACAAAGCACUACAGCCGAUAUUUUUAGAAACAUUUUACAACAAAAUAAAGACACCAAAAAUUUUUUUCAACUGUGCUUUAAGUAAUCUGUUUUUGGUCUAACAUAUUAUAUUGUUGGAACAGUCCAAACAUUUUCAAAACAGAGCUGGUCAAAAUUAGUCCAGAUGCUACAAACGCAUUAUGUUUAUGUUACUGCAAAAAUCAGUGUUGAACCUGCAGAUAACGACGUGACGACUAUUCAACGGGUUCUAAUGGAUUUGUAGUGAUUUAUUUUGAAAUGUAGAAAAAUCAAGUCUUUAAAAGUGUGAAGAUAACAGGUUUAUAAGUUUCCAAAGUAGAAGAAAUUAAGACAAAAGCAAAUGACCGAAUCAGUAAAGCGUCUCAUCACAGUUCAAAUAUCUUUCUGUUACGUAAGAGCGCCACGCUCACAGUGAAACUGUAAAACAUUUUGUUUUUGCACUGAGAUGAUGUCCUUCAUUUCUUUUCAGGAUUUUAUUGCUUGAAAUCUGCACAAAUUGUUCAACUAAGCUACUUAGGGAAAAACAUUUAAAAUUGAAAGGGAACUCCAUUUUCAUCAGUUUCCCACAUUGUUCAUCUGUCCUUUUUUUUUUUGCAUUUUGUUUUUCUUUCUGUCAAAAACUGCCCAAAGUUUAAGUUCCUGUGCUUUACAAGCCUCUUUCAUGAAGCAAACUGUGUCAUUUAUUAUCAUUACUGACACUCCAAAUAAAGCUAAUCUGCACCCAACUCUUCUUUAGUGACUUUCAUUGUACAACGCCAAUUGUUUAUUGUAAAACAUAAAAGAAAACUAUGUAUAUUUACAUGUAAAUAUAACAUGCACAUUUUCUUUCAGCAUUAGAACAUUUUUAGCUUCAUGAUUGAGAUUCCUUCUUGACUCUACACAAUUUUUAUAUCAAAUCUUUUAAUUGAGCGAUUUGUAAUUAUAAUGUUUACAAUGAGUUUAAUUUGCCCAUCUUUUCAUUACUUUUCCUUCAGGUUUCAUUAAUGCAUUGGACAUAUUAUUACUGAUGGAUGUUCAGCACGUUGUUACUGAUUUUAAGUCGGUUUUAUUAAUUUUCUGUGUUUGAUGUUAUCACACCGAUCUGCAUUUACCAUCCUUCGGAAAAAAUCUUUAAACAUGCUGGUUCCGGAUGGGGUUAAAUCAUUUUGCUUUUCAAAUCUACUGACAUCACUUCUGCUUAUUUCACAUACAAUUGUAGCCAAUCCCCUCCACUUCAGGUUUGACGGGAUUUUUCUAAAUUAAAUAAUUUAAAUCAGAAAUGUAAAUGAUGUGGAAAAUUUCUAUGUGAAAGCAGCAGAACUACAGAAUAACAGAGUAACUGGAUACAGAGACUUAAAUCAGAACCACAGAAGCGCUGUCAACACAAAAAAACAUAUUCUGUAUCUUACCAGGAGAUGGCAGCGAUGCUCCUCUAAAAGAUGUCCUUAAGUUAGAAGCAUUAAGUUGACCAGCAGAAAAAUCUUAAAUGGUGACUUUUGUUUAUCUCUUACAACAGUAGAUAAAAUAGAUGUAAAGAACUGACCUUGAAUAUUCACUAGAACAUUGAAAAAGUCCUCAGGUGACAUUAGAUUAAACUUAAUUAUUUAAAUUCUUUUAUUUUUUGUUUGUUUCAAGGAUGAGCGUUACUGGUCUGCAUUAGCCGACCAGUAACACACAGACCAAAGUAUUAGCUCUAUUGGCAGAUUACUUCUCUUAUAGCACGACAUUUUUCCUGUGUUAAAAGUGAACUUGCACUUUUUCAUUAAUAUUAAGAAAUUAUUGACUUAUAACAAGCUCCUGUAUCUUGCUGAAAAAUGACUUGUAAGUUAGUUUUGUCUUAUUUUAAGUGUACUAUUUGCACUAGAAACUAGAUAAUAAAUACAUGGUAAGAUGAAACUCCUGAAUAAAUUUUAUUUGUAUCAGUUUAUGUAAACGUAAAAUGUGUUAAGUAAAACUGACGAAGCAUAAAGUAGCUAUCCUAUUCAUCGCUUUGAGAUACUUUGAGGGCAUUUUUCUCUUACACUGUCGAAGAAUUAUGUCUUGUUUGAGAGCGCUAGCCUUUCACUCCACAUCUAGAUAUUGUGCUUGACCUCAUACUUUGAAAGUCACUGCUGACGUGUUGAUGUGCUCCUCCACACUUAAAAAAAAUGUGAUUAAAGAUAGCGUCAUGACCCAAAUGAUUAGCCUGAACUAAACGUGUUGCAGAAAUCAGUUGUAGAGUUAGAAACUGCAGAAAAACUAACCUCGAGCACAAAUAUUCAUGCACUGAUUGGGAAAACGUCAACUGCUUUUGUGUGCCGUCUUUGGCAUUUCAAACAUCUGAAAAGAUGGCUGCCUGUUUGCCGACCCGAUGCUUUUGGGUUUGAACACCAGAUGUUUCAUCAUGCCUAAUUCACCUGAUUUCAUUAUCAUCAUUUGUCAUUAACUUGCAUCAUGCCAGUGUUUUUAUGGCUAUUGAUUUUAACCUUGCAGGACGAGCAAGCCAACAAAAAUAUUCUUAAUUAAUUUGGAUUUUGAAACGUAUAAUGGUAUUUUAGGGUGCCAUAUUAUUUAACUACACAAAUAACAUCAGCAGACAAACACGGAAUUUACAGUAAACUGGCUAAAAAGUUUAAUAUCCUUUGUUUUUAAAAAUUUGUAACGCAUGUAAACUGCCCAGUCACUGCCCAGUGACAGAUUGCAAAGCGUGCAAUCUGUCACUGCAAAAUAAAACCAAAUGUCAUUCACAUUCUCUUCUUGCAUAAAUAAACUCGUAUAAAAAUGA